AUGAAUCAAGCCAUUUGCAAACGGAAGUCUGAUCCAAGAAUAUUACAAAAAUUAUGGACGGUUAUAAAUAAUAUUCGUCUUCAAAAGCAAGUUGCUAAUGUGGAAAGGAUUGUAAGAAGCAUGGUGAGAGAAUAUGAUAUAAAGAGCUCAGAAGUGGAGGACCAGCUUCAGUUUGGUGUGGAAGAUGAACUGAUUGUGGCCUACAAGGCAGUCUCACAGAAGGGGUCAAAUGCUGGCUUGGAACAGGAUGGAUUCAGAAUCAGUUCAUUUGAAGAAGUUAAUGAACAGGAGAAGCCAGAUCAUGAUUGGUACUGUUAUGAUUGCCACAAGGGAGGUGAAGUUCUUGAUUGUUCUGAAUGUUGGCGAGUCUACCACGAAGGUUGCAUACAUGAAGAGCUUGGAGAUGAACCCUUUGUCUGCUCCAUAUGCAAAGAUGUAAAGAAGCAGACGAGAAUGAAGAGGAAGGAGUUGAACAAGUUGCUGACCUUCACUGUGGUUCGCUUGAAGGACAAAUCCAAAGAGCUGCACUUCUUCUGUGGUGCUGAUCAAGGCCUGAACAGAUUUGUCUUCUUCUACAUGGAUCUGAACAUGAUGCAAGAGAAGGCGAACAAUCGCAAAUAUAAAUAUUUGGAGCAGUUCUAUGCUGACGCCCUCACCAUACUCCACAACAUCUUCAUCUGCUAUGGAGAUAAUGGAAUUUUGCCACAUUUGGCCAGGGUUAUGAUCAGAGAUUGCAAAUAUGAUUUGGAUGAAAUAAGGCAGUGCAAGGAUUGCUACUUUCACUCAAAUGCAAAGCCAAAAGAUUGGUUCUGUCAGCCGUGCAGGCCACGACAUGAGCUGGUAUUUGCCAAGCAAAAGGGCUUUAGUUACUGGCCAGCUAAAGUGAUCAAGAUAUUGCCAGAAGGUUAUGACGUCAGAUUCUUUGGAUCUCAACACCAGAGGGCCGUCAUACCUGAGAACAACAUCAAACCAAUUGGAACCAAUCAAAAAAGUUUGGCCCUGAAACGAACGAUGGGUUUCACGAAGGCCAUGAAGGAAUUGUCGCGCCACCAGGAACUUCUCGAGCAGAUGGGAGACCAGGAUGAAGCAGAUGAUCAGAGCAAUGGUGAAAAUGACGUUGAUGAUGACCAGGAUAAAGAUGAGCCAAUUGAAAAAAUGCCCAAGGUCCACCACAAAAAAUUUCAUAAGAAACGCCACUCUGAACAGACAUCUGUAUCCUCUAGUUUAAAAUCUAACAACAGAUGCUCCUCCUUGGGACAGUUUGAAGACAACCACAUGGUGACCUCGAGUGAAGACAAGGUCAACACAGAUCACAACACAUCUAACGCUUCUCUUCGUUCCUAUAAAAAACUGGCAUUGGGAGUACGACUUCCAACAAAAAGUACACAGACCGAGGCCAGCAAUUUUGAUUUUCUUGAUAUUUCAUCACUCCUGCCGAACGAACCUUCGUCAGUGGCAUGCACGGGUGAGCCGGGAAAGUGCGAAUGUGAGGUGAAAAAUAAUCGUCUGAUGAGAGAGCUGGUGGAAAAGCUGGAGAGGAAGCACCAACAAGAUAAAAAAGAUGCCCUCGAUGAACUUGAAAAGAGGUUGUGGAAGGAGUCAAGUGAAGAGCAGCAGAAAGCUUUGAAUCGAGCUAUGACCAGCCAGCAGAGGGAGAUAGAUAGGAUUCAAAAUCAGAUGGAGAAAUUGAAGGAAGAACAUGCGGAAGAAUUAAAACAACUUUCCAUCAAACAUAAAAAAGAAAUUUCUUUAGCUAAGAAGAAACAAUGGUGUUACCACUGUGAGGAGGAGGCCAUGUACCACUGCUGCUGGAAUACGAGUUACUGCUCCAUCAAGUGCCAGCAGGAUCACUGGCACACUGAGCACAAGAGGAUGUGCAGACGCAAGAGAAACUAAUGCUGCAGAGAAGGAUGCUGGCAGUGAUGAUUGUAAGGAUGGGUGGAUGAUGCUGUAUAUAUUCUGUCGAUGACCACUAUUAUGAUAUCAAGUAUUGGUAAUGAAAUUGCAAAUGAUCAGUCUUGCGUUAAAAGGCAUUAAUGCUGACAUAAGUAACAGUAAUGCUAAUGAUGCUGAUGUGCUUGUGUUUGUGUGUGUUG